GUUUAUAAACAGCUUCUUUUACAAAUUAUGCAAUAAUAAAUUCAGUUUAAAUCCAUCUUUUUGUCUCUCUCUCUCUCUCUAAAAGAAGAAAGUAGCGUUGCGUGUGAACAUUUGAUGCUGGUCGUGGAGGGUGGCGGCUUACUCACUUCGGGACACUGCUUCCAUCUCAAUUGUCAAGGGUUUUUCCUUUCCCUCUCCUCUCUCUCUCUCUCUCUACGUAGGAAGUUUCAAAGAGUGAUUUCUGAGUUUUUAACUCAAGCUGGGAUUGCAAAAUUCAACCACACCAAGUUGACGAAGCCAUGGUAGAAAUGGAGAUUUCAUCACCGACUCAAGACGGAACAAAAUCCGAUCAAACAACACCACCCGCCAAGAGGAAGCGCAACCUUCCAGGAAUGCCUGAUCCAGAUUCGGAGGUGAUCGCGUUAUCGCCGAAGACGCUGCUGGCGACGAAUAGAUUCGUGUGCGAGAUCUGCAGCAAAGGCUUCCAGCGCGACCAGAAUCUGCAGCUCCACCGGCGCGGCCACAACCUGCCUUGGAAGCUCCGGCAGCGCACCAGCAAGGAGGUGCGGAAGCGCGUGUACGUGUGCCCGGAGACCACGUGCGUCCACCACGAGCCAUCGAGGGCCCUGGGCGACCUCACCGGAAUCAAGAAGCACUUCUGCCGGAAACACGGCGAGAAGAAGUACAAAUGCGACCGUUGCUCCAAGAAAUACGCCGUUCACUCCGAUUGCAAAGCACACAUGAAAACUUGCGGCUCUCGGGAAUACCGUUGCGACUGCGGCACUUUGUUUUCCAGGAGGGAUAGUUUUAUCACGCAUAGAGCGUUUUGCGAUGCGUUGGCGCAGGAGAUUAGCCGUCCGCAGCCUUUGGUGGUGGAUGACAGUUCGGGAAGAGAUCUCAAGGACGGAGAUGCUGAGCCGCUACCGCCGCCGUCUGCUGCUUCUAGUCCGCCGCAACCGCCGCUCACUCCGUCUACUCAAGUUCUGUCUCCGGUGCUGUCUAUACAAAGUUCUGCUGGAUUGACUGAGAAUCAGAGUAUCCAGUUACAAGCAGCCGCCGCCGCCGCAAGCAGCUCAUCCACCUCCAGUAGCCGCGGAGGAGUUGCACCUAUUUCGCUAAAUGCAUCAGCACCACCUUCAUACACCACCUUCUCAUCACCAGCUAUAUCACUCUCGCUAUCAUCCCUGUUCAAAUCCGCAUCACAAAACCCCCCACGAUCACACUACGCGCAGCCGCCGGCGCUCUCCGCCACCGCAUUGCUCCAGAAAGCGGCGCAGAUGGGCGCCACGUCGUCCAAAUCGUCCUUCCUCCAAGGCCUCUGGCUCUCGGGCCCGACUACUCCAUCCGAUUCCCAACAUUUGGAAUCUCUCUCUCUCACAUCUCCGACGCCCAACGCCGACUGCAGCGUCAAGCUCGAAAGCAACUCCUUGGCAUCCGGCCUCGGCCUCGGCCUCCCUUCCGGCGGCGGGGCCUCGGGUUUUACUCAACUCAUGAUAAGCCCGCCCACGACCCUUGAUUUUCUUGGACUGGGAAUGCCGGCCGGUGAAGCCUCUUCCGAUGGCUUCUCCGCCUUCUUCAGCCGCCUUCAUCACAUGCCGCCGCCGGCCGCUCCCUUUUCUCCGGUGAGGGCGGCCGGAGACACUUGGGAUGAAGCGCAAGACAGGAAGCCUUCCAUGCUAUAGCUGUUUCUUUUGGGGAAUCAUUAAUUAUAAUAUACUAUUUAUUUGUUUUUUCUCAAGUUGGAAGACUUCUAAAAUGCACUCUUUUUAAGUGCUUUAUAUUUGUCUCUGUGUUGUCAAUAUGUGUAGAAUUCUAAAUAGACAAUAAAAUUAUUGUUUGGAAUGAA